AUGUCGAAGGAUAACAAAGAACCAGUGAACCUUAAAAGUAUUGAACAACGAUUACAAGAUACAAAUGUAUUUCUUCAGUCAACGUUUGAACCAGAAAUCUAUAUUGACUCAUUAUUAUCUGAACAAUGUGACUAUUCAAUAGAAAAAGGGAUUGAAGCUUUUGAUAUUGAUCCAAUCUUACAGUGUUUAAAUGUUAUUAAGUCACGAAUUGACAAUCAAUUCAUUGCAUAUAAAAGAUCAGUAGAACAGUUACAAGAGCAGUGUGUUCAUGAAGAAGAAACACAUAUAUCAACAGUAACUAAUGCACGAGAGAAAUUUAAUAAAGCAUUAGAAGAAUUUAAACAAACAGAAAAUGGAGUUUCUGAAUUAUCUACAGAUAUUAUGCAAGCAGGAGAACGACUUCAAGAUUUAACAGUUGAAGCAAAUAGGGGAAAACAAGCAUCAAUGAUUAUUGAUAUGUUUACAAAAUUCAAUAAAGAUAAUAACUUUGAUCCAAGGAAAUAUACAGAAGAAUAUCCGGAUAUUGACUUUGUUACUCGAAUAAAAAAAUUAAAAACAUUGUGUAAAGAGCUUCAAAAUCCACAAACAACACUUGGAACAGCUAAUACAGAAAAGUUUUAUUCAUAUAUAGAAAAUGAAUAUAUGAAAAAAUUUUCAACUGCUAUGACAGAAAAAAAUAUUAAUGAUAUGAAAGAUUAUGCAGAGUUAUUGUAUUAUUUAAAUGGAGGAGAUAAGUGUGUUAAAGAGUAUCUUAAAGGUAAUGCAUUUUUAUAUGAUGAAAUAGAUAUUAGACAAGAUGAACAGUUAGCAGAAACAGAUCAGGAAAUAGAUAAUAAGGUAUGUAAAAUUAAUAAUCAAUGUCUUCAAGCAUUCUUAAAAAAAAUAUUAAAUCAAAUUCAAAAAGAAAAAAGAGAAAUAGAAAAAAUAUUUGUUCAAAAAGAUAUUGUUGUUGCUAAAUAUGUUCAAAAGAUAUUCAAAUUUAGAAUAUCCAAUUUUUAUAGUGUUUAUGUUUAUAAAGGAUAUGACGAAGACCCUGAUUUCUUUUGGAAGUAUUUAUUUAAAUGUUAUGAUGCUUAUGAUCAAAUUACUAAUUCAUUUGUAAAAAGUUUAACUUCAUUUGGUAUUAAUGGUGCAUUUCUUAGUGAUCUUGUUGAACGAGUUUUUGAAGAAGAUAAAACAUCAAACUAUUCAGAAACAGAAAUCAGUUACAUUGCAUCUGUUUUUAAACAAAAUCAAGAUUCUUAUAAUACUUAUAAAAAGUCUAUUAAAAUUGAUAAUGUUUCUAAACUUGAUAUUGAUGGAUUUAGUAAAGUUAUAGAACCUACAACAAUUAAAAAUGUAUGUGAUCAAUUAUCGUUUGCAUUAAUUAGAGCACAAUCACUAACCUUACCAGAUUCAUUUGACUAUGUUAUCAGUAAAUUAUUUUCAUCAUUAACACAAUGGCUAGAUUAUGUUUUAUUAGAUUGUUGUGAAAGAAUGGUUUAUUUAACUCAAAAACAAGCAAAUCAUCCAGAUAAAAGUAUUCCAUUUUUAUCAAGUUAUUUAACUUUAUUAGAUAAUAUUUGUAAAUCUAUUUCAUUAAUCCAAAUGAUGUUUGAAAAAAAUCUAACGCCUUGUUUUAAAUAUUCUGUUCAAAAAUUAAAUGAAUAUAAUAAACAAUUUAAAAAUAAAAUUCAGUCAAUUCAAUCAACACUAUCCACUUCAGUAGAAAAUCUUUGUAAUUGGUUAUUAAAUUGUAUAGAAAAAUUAAUGAAUUAUAAAAAUGAAUUUAAAUUUAAAGAUGAAAAAGAUGAAACUUGGGUAUUAAAUCCAAGAGCAACUUCAAUUGGAAUUGAAAUUUGCAAAUAUUUAAAUAACUCUAUUAAAAUAGUUAAUAGCAAGUUAACUGGAUUAAAUAAAAAGAAUUUCUUAAUUAGAAUUGCUCAUGGAUUUCAUGAUUUAUUUAUCAGAACAAUUAAAAAAUUAAAAAUUACUCCAAUUAGUGGUGGAUUUGUAUUUAUGUAUGAUGUUAGUGCUAUUUGUGAUACUAUUAGAGCAUUAAAAUUUCCUGCUGUUGUACGUCCAAUGUUUGAAAAUCUUUCAUUAUUAUUUAAAAUAUUUUGUACUCCUAAGGACCAAGUUGUUCUUAUUGCAAAUGCUAUUUUAGGGGAUGGUGGUUUUAAAUAUGUUGAUCCAAAUGAUCUUUUCAAAUGUAGAACUGAUUUUUCUAAAGACAUGAAAAUCGAUUUAAUUUAA